AUGGACAAAGGAUUUAUAGGAAAGCUCCUCAUGCAUGGAAUGGGCCUGAGCCUUCUAGAAAUUGUGAGGUAUGCCUUUGCAAUGUACACGACGGACGCCGAGGCGUGCAAUGCCAUUAGAAUGUUCAACAACUACAUGAUAAGACCAUCUUGGCAACUGGGCGUCUGCCCGUCGAUCAACAACUGCCGCAUCUUCAUCUCGCGCAUCCCGCCCACCACGCCGUCCGCGGAGAUCGUGCGGCUGCUGUACGCGCUCACGGACGAGGUGCAGGAGGUGCGCAUCCGCCGCUCGGUGGCGUCGUGCGCCGCCAUCGUCGAGUACCGGUCGCACCGCGGCGCCGCGAUGGCGCGCAAGGCGCUCGUGGCGGCCGCGGCGGCCGCGUGGGGCGGCGGCGCGAGGCCCGCCGUCGACUGGUCGCUGCCGCAGUCGCCGCAGCUGCUGCGCCAGUACCGCGAGAUCGGGCGCUGGAGCCCCGAGCGCGGCGUGGAGCUGACGCGCGCGCCGGACGAGGGCGCCGGCUCGCCGCCGCCCGCCGCCUCCUACACGCUGGAGCCCUGGUCGCAGGCGCGCCGCCUGCGCAUGAUCCACGAGGCGCAGCGCAGCGCCGCCGCCCACACCGAGUGGUCCAACCGCAUCAGCAACGGCAUCGAGUCGCUGAUGUCGUCGAUGGCGUCGCUGAACCUGGGCGCAGGGAUGGGGUUGGAGGCGGGCGAGCGCGCCGUGUGGUCUCCUUUGGCUGCGGGCGCGGGAGGGGGCGGCGCGGGGCUGAUGGCGGGCGGAGGGGCGGGGGCGGGGGGCGCCCUCGGCCUGGGGGCGGGGGGGGGGGGCGCUGCGGCGGCAGCGGGGGGCGCGCGCGACUUCAACCCCUGGACCGCGCGCCACCCGCUGCAGGAGUUCAUCACUCACAAUAAGCACGAG